AUGUUUUCGAAAAGUCAACAGCCACGCGUUAUUCUAGUUACUGGCUCUAAUAAGGGUAUCGGCUUCGAACUGGUGAAAAGUUUAUCGAACAGCAAUGAUGUGGUUCUACUCGGAUGUCGUAAUCCUGAACGAGGCAAUGAGGCGUUGAUUCGAUUAGAUUUACCAUCAAAUGUUCAUUGUCUUCAAUUAGAUGUGUCAUCAGAAGAAAGUAUCGUACAAGCUAAAAAUGAAAUAGAACAUAAAUAUGGUGGACAAUUGGAUAUUUUGGUUAACAAUGCUGCCUGUGGAGAUCUGGAACUAACUGUUGAUUCGGCUAGAAGAACGUUCUCGGUGAAUUAUUAUGGAAUCAAGAUGUUGAAUGAAUACUUAUUUCCGUUAAUACGAAAAAACGGUCGUAUAAUCAACGUUGCUAGUGCUUGUGGUUCUGUUGUGUUAUCCGAAGCGUCAACAUACCUUCAAGAUCAAUAUUCAUCAUCAACAUUAACUACCCGUCAACUUAAUCAACUUGUCGAAGAUUUUAUUUCUUCUGUUGGAACGAAUAAUAUUGAACAACUCGGUUACAAUCCUCAGUCACUUUAUUUAAUUUACAGCGUUUCAAAAGCAGCAGUGAUUGCUCUCACUCGAAUUGAAGCACGACAGUGGUCUUGUGCUAGAGGCAUACUUGUUCUUUCUGUUUGUCCAGGUUUCUGUGCUACGGACAUCAAUCAAAAUGCACCCGGUGGUCGACAUCCUAAACUUGGUGCUGAAUCCAUCUUAUAUCUGAUCAAUAUGCAGGAGAACAAACUAGAGAACGGUGGCUUCUACCGAGACGGUCAACAAUUAGCUCAAAUCGGCAGAAUUGACUAA